GCGCCUAUUUUAUUGAACUACGAAAUGCCAUUUAAGUGUAGUAGUGAGCGAGAAGGCGUAGUGCUUGCUCGUCGUUUGCACUGAGAUUAGAAGAAAGAAAGGCAGCUUAUAUAUAUUUUUAUACUUGAAAUUCUUUUUAAAAACCUUUUCCUGAGAUGCCUAGCACAAUUAUUACUGAAAUGGAGCGGAAUUCGGCCAAUACAUUGGACGAUCAACAACGAAACCUCGGAAUGCAGAGUCUAGCCUUAGAUUUCUCUAUGUUGAACAUGGGACAUCAACAAAAUGGAAAUCUAAGCGGUGGCGAAGAAGACGUUUCUUUUGAUGGAAUAAAUAGGAAAAGUUGCAACAUGACUGAAUGUGUUCCAGUCCCUAGUUCAGAACACGUUGCAGAAAUUGUCGGACGGCAAGGUUGCAAAAUAAAAGCUCUGCGAGCUAAAACAAAUACAUAUAUCAAAACGCCAGUACGAGGUGAAGAGCCUGUGUUUGUUGUGACUGGCAGGAAGGAAGACGUAGCCGCCGCAAAAAGGGAAAUUUUAUCAGCAGCAGAGCAUUUCAGCCAAAUUCGGGCAAGUAGAAGAAAUCAACAGGGUACGACAACAACAAAUGGUCAUACAACCACUGGUCUAAGUCAGGGUCAACCUCCUCCAAACAUCCCAGGCCAGAUAACAAUACAAGUGAGAGUUCCUUAUCGAGUAGUUGGAUUAGUUGUAGGCCCAAAAGGUGCUACAAUUAAACGGAUCCAGCAGCAAACACAUACAUAUAUUGUCACACCAAGCCGGGAUAAUGAACCCGUUUUUGAAGUGACAGGUAUGCCAGAAAAUACAGAAAGGGCUAGAGAAGAGAUUGAAGCACAUAUUGCCAUGCGCACUGGAGGCCUUGUUGAUUCCAUCAUUCCAGAAGACAAUGAUUUUGCUACUAAUGGAAAAGACAGUGGUAUCUUAUUGUCAGAGCUUGGCUCCGUAGGACUAUUUAAAGGUACUGGAAAUUCAGCGUUUACCCCAUUGAUUGGAAAUGCAAAAGCUGGACUCUCCAGAAACAGCAGCUCAAGUAGCGAUUCCGGCAUGUUUUUCCCUCCAUCGAGCAGCUCAACCACCACAAUCACAGAUUUCCCAAACGCAAAGCCUGCUGAGUUCCCUGGUCCUAAAGGAGAGUUUAACAAUGCAAAUGGUUACCCGUUUGGAUUAUUUGAUUGCCAAUCACCUGAUCUUGGAAUUGAUUCUCCUGGCUUUGAUGCGCUCGGUGGAAACCCAUGGCACGACUUAAAUAGAUGUAGCAAUGCAUUGUUCGGUGGAUUGAUAAGUAACUCUAACACAAAUGGUGUCCGUCGGAAAAGCAGCGGGAGUCUAGGAAUCACAAACCUGCAGGUGAACGAAGGUAACGACCAUCCCCCUGCCAGGCGCAUCCACAGUGAUCCGCUCGGCGGGGGUUUAUCGUCUCUUCCAGCCUUCAAUGUGAUUCCUAUGCCUCCCUCUUUCUCCACCUCGAAUUCAACCGGCUCAAAUAGUGCUUCGACAAGUCCGACUAACUCCACAGGAUCCAGCAACAGCCAGCGAAAACCUAAGGAAUGUUAUGUUUGCUCAGAGAAUGAGGUUGUUGCAGCUCUUGUUCCAUGUGGUCACAACUUGUUCUGUAUGGACUGCGCAAAACAAGUCCUGGAUAAAUUACCUGCUGAAUGCCCUGUAUGUUUCCAACAAGUAAAUCAGGCGAUUCGAAUAUUUUCCUAAGUAGUUGCUGUAGUAUAUUAAAGUUUGUAUUUUAGCUGCAUUUAUAGUACUUUGAUCAAAUCAAAAUAAUUAAUGAGAUUUAUAAUUAUUCUUGAUCAGGUUCAUAGAUAUGGUAUUGAAAUAAUAAUAAUUAUAAUAAUAGAUUGAGAAUUUCUCGCUGUGUUUAAAGCAAAAAGAUGUUGUCAUUGUAUUUGACUUGAUAAAAACUUUUCAGAGAUAUUUUAUUCUUGGAGACUCUAUUUCAUACUAAGACGUUUUACAAAGUAAAGUUAUUUAAUUUCUUCAUUUAUGCUCUCUGGUCUGAUUUGGCCAGAACUAUAUUGUUACGUAUGUUCUUUAGAGUAUUGCUGUUUAUUAAUUGUAUAGGCCUAAACUUGUAUGUGUGACUGGUUUUUGUAUUGUGAAAAAGUAUGUACAUUUAAGAUGCUUUCUGUUGGGACUAACAGUUGAAAUAAGAGUUGCUUUUCAGAGAUAUAUUUUACCCAGCAAAUAUUUUAUAGUCCAAAUAUAAAACUUAUUUUAUUGUAUUAUGUAUCAAAACAACAAAAUGAAAAAAAAUAAAAACUUGUGCCUACUAGAGGUCACAAUGAUAAAGAAUGGUAUGCAUACAAAUGAAUUCAGUUUACUCACAGGCUCUCAUAUCUGAGCCUGGAGGUAGACAUAUAUAGUGUACAACUUAUUUUUAUCAAUAUUAUUUACAACAGUUGUUCUGUAUAUGUAGGUAUAAUAAUACAAUUUUUUGACCAAAUAUUCCAUGUUUUAAAUAUGAACUUAGGUAUUGAAAGACUAAAUGCAAAUAUUUUAUUUUUGUUUGGUCAUGUUAUAUGGUGGCCUAUGUUAAGCCUGAUAUAGUAUUUGCCUAAAACAUUUUUAAGGAUUUUAAAUUGUUCAGAGUUUAUUUUUUAAGUGAAAAAAGUUGGAGUAUGGUAAUUAAGGUGUUAUAACAAGAUUGUGUGCUGUUUUUCUACUGUCCCAGGAGGCUUCAUAGAGUUGUUUUUGGAUAUAUAAUAAGCAAAUUAGAAGAGAUAUGAGGGUCCCAUGAAUGCAAUUUGCCUAUUAAGAAAAAGGAUGUUAUUUUUAUAGUUGUGAUAACAAAAUAUGCGUAUGUUAUUGAAAUAUUAGUUGUCACUUGUUUAGUACUAAAACAUUUUUAUGUGCAACCAGUGUAAUGUUCCAAUGAAGUUUACAAAUUAUAUGUAAUUUUUAUAAUUAACAGUGUACAGUAUAUGGCUCUAACAGUUACUGUCCAUUUUGCCAUAAGAUUUUCUAUAGUAAAAAAAAUAGCUCAUAUAUAAAUUGCAUACUACUUUCAAAACGUAUACAUGAAUGUCUAGUAAAUUAGACGAUAGCAAACACAGUAAACAAUAUAUUCAUCUUUAAAAAAAUCUUGCUAAGUUGUCACAAUACUCAAAAAAAUUACUGCUCUCUUCGGUCUUCCAUUUAUGGAUGUGUAUGCUAGGCCGUCUAGUAUCAUAUGUCUGGCUCCUAACUGGGAACUACUUUCUCACCACAUAGCUCUUGCACCAGAUUUCUUUCACAACAUAUAAACCUCAGAUUAAUUGUACACAUAGUUUUGCUAAUUUAUAUUUAAAUGCAUCUUUUAUUUUUGGAAGAAAAAACAAAUGCUACACCUUGUGUUACUAUUUAAUUGAGAAGUUGGGUGGAUUAAAUGAUUAAUUUUUUACUUUGCCAUAGUUUUUUUUCCAUGAUAUUUAAAAAUAAUUUUUCAAUUGAUACUUAAGAAAAUUGACUCUAUUCAUGGGACAGAAUUCUUCCAUUUGGCAGUUUCUCUAAAACAAAUAAUGUACUACUAUUGCAACUAUGUAUAUUGUAUUUUUUUAAAUAAUUGUUUGAAUAUAGUGUGCCAAGAGCAAAUGUGAAUUUAUAUCGGUGCCAGUCCACUGAAUGGGGUUUUAAUAUUUUUGAAUUAGUUCCAGUAAAAAUAUAAUAUUUGCCUAAUGACCAAUAUAUAAGGUGAUUAGGCAGUAGAGAUCUAUAGUACGAUGAUACAGGGGUAAAUAAACCUUUGGACUAUAAAUGGCUUGUGGUACAGAUGUGAUCCUAGUCUGCUACUUAUGAUUGUAAUCAUAUCAUUUUCAUCUUUUUAAUGUAAAGGAACAACUGGUGGUAUGUUGCACAUAAAUAUUGGUUUUUUUUCUUGAUUGCCUUGCCAAUAUGUUUCAAUAAUUACAGUUCUAUAUAUUAUCUGACUAUUCAUAUUUAAAUACAGAGUUUAUGAAGAUAUGCCUAUAUAAAUCAUCAUUCUACUAAGUAUCUAGAUUGUAAUAUAUAAAAUUGCUGUUUAAAAAGUGUUGCCAUUUUGUUGCAAAGUGGUAUUCUCAGGUGGUAGGGUGGAUAGCCCCCAUAAGUAGAGCAACUUAAAAACUACAAAUGAACAAUUGCCAAACUCUCUAGGUUCAGUCCUUUUGUAAGAUAACAUAGUCUUUCUUUGGCGGUAAAAACCGUACCCAUGCAACGUUUUAAUUCUGUACACGGGGGAAAAUAGGACUCCCUAGCUUGGUGUAACUUAAGCCAUUCCUAGCCAGAAGUAUAAAUAUUGUAAUACUGUACAAAGCUCAAAUUACCACUGGACUUAGUGGCGAGUAUUUAAUACUAAUUUAAAGGCAGAAAACGAGUAGCUUGAGCGGAUGCUUGUUUCCUUAAUGCUGGGACUACAUCCGUCUCGCCCAGUAAUUCUGAUAAUAAAAUAAUAAAGUAUGACGAGUUGUUAAGCAAUCAAGAAAUUUCAUCUAUGAUUUUUACAGUAUUAUUUUUAUUAUUUAUUUAGCAUUUUAUACAUACAAAUACAAAUGUUUAUUAUUAAAAUUCAUUGUUAUUGAUAUAUGUUGAUAUAAAAUAAAAUGUGAAACUCAUA